CGAAUCGAUAGCUCGAACGGAAGACAAAUCAACGAAAUCCAACGAACAACGGGUCAAAUUGAGUCAAAACACGAAAUCGACCAAUCAAUCCGGCGUGGAGAUUAAUCUACCGGCGAUAUCAACCCGGGCAGCGGCUGGAUGCGGCGACGGUGACGGACGCCGGCGACUGUGGCGGAGCGGCAACUCGACGGCGUACAGUGGCGGCGCUGCAACUCGACGGCGAUGAGCAGCGACUGGCGGCGCUGCAACUCGACGGCGAGGGAAGACGCCGGUAGUGGAGGCGACGUCCAGCGUUCGGCGUGGCGGCGCUGCAACUCGACGGCGAUGAGCAGCAACUGGCGGCGCUGCAACUCGACGGCGAGGGAAGACGCCGGUAGUGGAGGCGACGUCCAGCGUUCGGCGUGGCGGCGCUGUAACCCGACGGCGCUGGACGACCGACGCGGGCAGUGCAGGCGACGAACGGCAACACGACGAGAAAUUGGAGAGGGUCAAUCAACCUCUAGGCACCCGCUUUUUGAUGGCACCAACUACACAUAUUGGAAAGAGCGGAUGAGGAUUUAUAUCCGCUCAACCAAGUUCCAGUUGUGGUUGGUCAUCAAAAACGGCGAAGAAACGUCAAUGAAGAAGGUCGAUGAAAAACUCAUCCCAAAGACCGAAGACGAAUUUGAUGCCGAAGACAUCAAAAAAGUGGAGAACUGCGCCAAGGCAAUCAACAUGCUGUACUGUGCGGUCAAUCCUGAUGAUUAUCGCAAGAUCUCUUGCUGCACAACGACAAAAGAAAUGUGGGACAAGCUGGAAGUCACAUAUGAAGGUACGGACCAGGUUCAGGAAGCCAAAAUUGACUUCCUAACGCAGGAGUACGAGAUGUUCAGGAUGAAGGAGCACGAGAAGAUUGACGAUAUGUUCGACCGUUUCUCCAAGAUAGUCAACGAUGUUCAUGCAUUAAAGAAGACGUACACCGACAGGGAUCUUGUGCGAAAGAUCCUACGGAGCUUGACAUCCGAAUGGCGAUCCAAUGCCGAUGCCAUCUAUGAAUCAAUCGGCACAUCAAAUGUCACCAUCCAUGGCCUAAGAGGUAAUCUAAAAACCUAUGAAUCGACUAUUCUUAAUCCGUCUUUGAAUGACCAAAGGAAAGGGAUAGCACUAAAAGCCGUCAAAGAAUCAACGAUGGAUGAUUCAAGUGACGAUGAUGAAGUCAAGCUUGUCAUGAAGAAGUUCUGCAAACUUCUAAGAAAGAAAGAAAAGGUUGAGGAUGGCCCUGUGUGCUAUGGAUGUGGAGAAGCCGGGCACAUCAAGAACAAAUGCCCGAAAAGCGGAAGGAAUGCUCGACACUUCAAAAGGCAAAGGGCAGCCUUGAAGGCCCAAGUCGAAUACUUGGCCAAAGAAGUGACUAAACUUACCAAGAUAAAACUUAAUGCACUACAAGGAAGUGAUCAUGAGGAUGACUCUAGCACUAGUGGCAUCACCAAAGCUAGGGCUCCCGUCCAUGAAGGAAUAAGUAAAGAGAGUAAGGGAAAGAAGAACACCGAGAUUUAUACUGGUUCACCACCUCGUGGCUAGUCCAGUCCUCCGAGAGACUCUCUCGAAAGUCCUACUAAUCUUCAAGCUUCAACGGGUGCUUGAAAAGCGGUACAACUUGAGAACUUGAAUCACACAAGCCUCACUUUCUUACAACAACAAGACUUGAGUCACACAAGUCUUUUGAACAACACUCAAAUGAGAUUGAGUUUACAACACAAGAAUGAAAGCUCACACAAUUG